GUUUCGCCAACCGGAACACGCGCCAGAUUUUUCAUCCGCCCCCUCCCCGAAACCAAGACAAGAUAGUUUCGCUCAGCAUGAACGGAUACAUUCGUGGCCAGGCGUCCUUUGAGCAUCUUUCUUUUUCUGCCGAUAUUUCACGCGUUCGCGGAUAAAUCCUUGUGUUCUAGCUAUGUAAAUGCUGUGUGCCUUGCAGAGGCAUGUUGGGCUCUACUGCUAAUGGUCGUUUAAUGGGCCCUGGUGUUGGUUCAUCAACGUCGUCGUCUUCGUCGUCCUCGUCGUCGUCGUCGUCGUCCGCACUGCAACAGCAGUCGCACACGUCCCAACAGCAACACCAGCUUGCCCACCACCCAUACUCGGGUCUGUCAUCGCACCACCAUUAUCCGCUGCAGCCGCAACAUCCUGCACUUGCUGCUGCCCAUCAUCAUCGGAGCAUAUGGCCAUCGUUAGGUGCAGCCACCGGCAGAUCCGCAUUCGAACUACAAACCGCAACCAAUGGCGAAGUGACGGAAUCACUUUUUGCCGCCGGAGGAUAUAAUACACCUCCCGCCAGCUCACCAUUCCUUCCCUGCUCACCGUUAGAGCUUGUGGCCAAAAAUUUCCACAGCGCCGGUGCUGCCCUCUCCUUCAGUCAGGCAAAUAGCAGCAUCUUCGUGCAGUCACAAACCGACUUUAUCAAUGGCACUACGGCGGUCGCGAAGAAAACCGAAACCUGUAUCGGACGGUGGGAGCACGGCACCAUAGAACCAUUACAAAUUCAGGUUCCAUCGAACUCAUUUUUGCCAACGGCAACCACCGGCAGCUUCGCACUCAACUCUCCAGAGAGCGCCAGCUCCGGCGAACCAUUGCUAACCGGCGGUCAUCAAACCGUCGGUGACAAGCUACACCCCGCGUACUACCGCUACCCAUACAAACCGGACGAAAACGGCAACCAUUACGACGCGUUCCUUCGCAGCUACUGCAUCGAGCGUGAAUACCAUCGCGAACAGUUGCUAACGUCGGUGGAGCCGUGUUGCAAACCGAAGCAUCACCUUCCACUCACCGACGUUCCGACCGAACCCCGUCGGGACCAUACCGAACAGUCCACCUUCGAUCGACGGUUCGACUCGACGGCACUCCUCAGUCCGACCUCACCAACAACAUCGCCCUACGAGUACUGUAAGCUUAAGCGCAAGCUACACUCGAUCCUGCUCGAAACGGGCGCCCAGAACGGUCACCCGCCAUCGAACGGUACCGAUGAUCGAUCGCCAUCUGGGCUGCUGCUGCAAACGUCACACACCCCACGGCAACCGGCUUCCGGUUCGGAGCAACGGCACCUUGAAGCCACACCGGCGCCAGAGCUCACGAGCGCACCGCAACCUGCGUCCGUUGAUCGGAAGCAGCAGUGUGGCGUAGCGGCAACAUUCAACCAUCCACCAGCAUCGACGCCAGCGAGCGAAGCUGUCAAUCAUAGGCCACGGCGUCGUUGGGCAGCAUUACAUUCGGCACACGCCAAAGCGAACGGGUCCGGCAACGGGAGUGUUCCAACACCAGCGCCGACAACGCCCGACCGUAGCCCUGCUGCUGUAGAAGCUGAACGUUGUGACGCUUCGUCCGGCGAUUCUUGCCGACCCAAGUCACCGGGACAUCAGCAAUCGGUGGCGGCGGCGGCACUACGGGCAGCGCAACGUCUUCCCAAGAAACGACGCUCGAUACGAGUCGAUCGGCAGGAGGAGCCUGCCAACGGCAACAACCGUGACACGGACAGCAAAACCGUUGUUCACAUCAAACGUGAACCGUGUCAGGUGUCGGAAGUGACAACGUCAAACAGUUUCGAAGCGUCCACCAACACGACCGCCCUGAAUGCCAUCAUAAAGCUCGAAGCUUCCUCUCCGAAGGCUCUGACCGGUGCCGGUACUACCGGUAACAGCAGCAGAGCCGCCAGCAACUUCUCCAGCAGCUCACUCACACGAAGCAACCUGCUGACAGCCAGCCACAGCGCCAGCGCUAUCAUUAGCAACGUUACCGUGGGUGGUAGCAGCAGUAGUGUUGGUGGUGGUACGAACAUUGGCACCAGCGGAGGGGCAGGUGCCAGCGCGAGCUCGAGCAGUGUUACCGCCACGAUGGAACAACUCGGGUUAGCGUCGGCCACCAACAAUCAUCCGCCCGGUCCGACGACGGCCACCGCGACUCCAUCCGGCGCCCAAUCCAUCCCAGUCGGCAUUGCUGUCGCCCGCCAACGGUUACAAGAAAGUUCGGCCACACCAUCGCCCCAGCUACACCAGGGCAAAGAGCUCAACCGGUACGGUUUAGGGCUGGCGAGUGCUGCCGCGAAUGGUGCUUCACUAAACGGUACUGUCGGUACGACGGCUGAUUUAGGCUGCGCAACGCCCGGCCUAAGCCAGAACAUGUUUUUCACCGGCACCAACUCCACCAUGAUACCCCUCGCACCGGACGCGGUCGCGAUGGGCGUGACCAACGCGGCGGUUCAAAACGCCGUCCGCACACCACCCGCCCUCUGGCAGUAUCCUGCUCCCGUCCCCAUGGAAUCGAUGCUACCAAUGCCCCCGAUACCGCCCGUUGGGUUCCAGCUAGUGCGAGAUCCCACCACCGGCCAGAUACUGUUCCUUCCAGCGGCUGCGACAAUCGCCAAUCCGUCAAACCUUCUAGAUAAAAUCUAUAUUUCUUGUAUAGAACCAUUCCAACAAGCGGUUGUGUGGCCCUCCUAUCCGCAAUCGACCGCAUCGCUGCAGUCUCAGCAUCUGCUCCUACCGCAGCUUCCGCCCCAACAACUCCAGCCACCACCGUUGGCUCCGUUGCAGAUGCUAAGCUCAGACUAUCUGAGCACGGCCAGCACUACGCUCCAUCAGCAACACACCCAAACGCACCACAGUACACGUUACCUUGCCUUGACGUCCGAAUCGAAUGGCAAACGUUCGUCCCUCGCAAGCAGUGGCAAGCAGUCACAUACUACGGCCGGAUCGUCUAGUACCGGACCCGCUAGUACCUGCGGUCAGCCGACGAUUCCACUCCCAAUUCCUGCCUCGCAUGCAUUUAUCAAAAUCGAGGAUUGCUCCACCAGUGCGGGCAUCUCCGCAGCGUGCAUGGGUGCAUCCACCGGGUCGACCCAUCUCGCGACGUCUCUGUUCGGUUCGUUGACUGAUGUGGACAAAUCGAACGCUUCGGCAAGUGCAUCUGCCACGAACUCACUAACGAACGGGGCUGGACCACAUUCGCACCUCGCACUACCCGCGCCCAGUGAACUAACGCCGCAGCUACUAUUCCAACCGGCCAAUCUAAUACACAUCACACCACACCAUCCGGCCAAGUCGCAUUCUACCGGACACACGCUUUUGGAGGCAUCUUCUGCAAGCGGAACGCUCAGCACAUCUGUCACCAAUCCUACGCCACCUCCAUCGGCUCUACCAACCACGGUGUCUUCUGCACUGUUAAGCGGAUUGAGCGGUCAAUCGACGAAUCCUAGCAGCCAUCCGCCUCCGUUAGUAGCUUCGUCGGUUCCUGCUACAACCUGCCUAACGCCUCCACCAGACACUACAACUAACCUGCACUCGCAAACCGAUGCCACCAACGGCACGACUAUGUCUGGGUCGGAAGUGAUCGAACCGCCGGAAGUACAGGACGCCAACAUACAGACGGAUACACCCAUCAUGAGUGAAGAUGAGACAACGCAACCGCCCGAUGGUACUGAUACGGAAACGACCCUCACCGAGGCGGCCACCAUCAUGUCCACGGAAGCGACCCUAGCGUCAGCUUACCGUGCGCUAACGAGCGAACAACCCCUGUGCCAUAGUACGCUUAUCAACAGCAGUGGAGAUUCGGCCAUCGAACCUGAUAUGUCCACCUCUGCUUUGCUGAAUGCCACCAGCACUUCCAACUGUGAUCAGGUCGACAUGGAACUGGAGCCGGCCAACAAAAGUGCACCACCAACACCACAUCCUCAGCCACUCGGUCCGAUGCAAAAUGAGCCGGAAAAUCUUUCCGUUGCUGCUCCUCCUGCUGCAUCUCCCAGCAUCGUUGGAGGCCAGCAGCGAAGGGUGCCGAAACUGGAACUACACUCACCUACUGGACCGAGUUCAAAUACGAAUGGCAUGGGCUCAUUUGCUGGAGCAAGAACUGAAAAGGACGCAGCAGGUCCAGUCACUCAACAGGACCAUCCAGUCGAUCUAAGCGGUCUUGAACUGUUGUCCCAUAGUAUAGAAGUUUUCCAGAAAAAAUCAUCACUGAUCAAGAAGGAACCGAUCUCACCUCAGCUUCCAGCAGAUCCCUCCUCGGUUAAUGUAGUGCCAUCUUUACCCACAACAUCGGCUGCCCUGUGUCCGGAGCCAGCAGGUCCAUGCCAACUCACACCACCGAUGGCAGUGCCACCCGUUCCCGAAGCGUUUCUACGGACCGAUGAACCGAUGGGUGGACUGAAUCUUCUCUGUGCCCUUGCAGAACAACGCUUCCAGGAGGAGGGUAUGUUUAACAAAGACUCUCCCGCAACAUCAAGCAGCUCGGGAAGUAGCAAUAGUAGCGGUAGUACUUACAGCAGUAACACUUCGGCCAGUAGCGCCAGCAGUACCGCAUCACCACCUGGAUCGCCACCAAAUUCAUGUGGCAAAGCCAUAACAUCCCAAGAGCUACUAACAGCGGGAUCUUCUACGCACGGCAAUCUGACAACACUGAUGAUGUCAGGAACGAACGGAACGGAAUCAAUUUCUCGCAAGCGCAAGCACCACAAACAUUCCAAAGAUUCGAAUGGUAAAAAAUCGAGCAAAAAAUCGAAACACGAUAAGGAACACCGGCGUGCGGAGAAGCGCCGAAAGCAAAGCUCGGACGGCACAUCACCCGACGGGGAAGGCGAUCUAGAUGCGGAGAUUAAGGAGAGCCUUACCAGGGUAAAGGCAAAGCUAAACCGCUGCAACUGUAAGGACGGCGAUGAGAAGGAUCACCGGUGCUGCCGUACCCAGUGGCCGACAGCGAACGAGCUUUUCAGUGUGAUCGAGUCGGACAUGAAGGAACGGCUAGAGCGGAUAACGCGACAGUGCGAGGAGAAAAAGCGAGAGCUAGAGCAGAUGAGUACGGCUGCAGUGGCCAAAGUGAAACCGUUGGCCAACAGCAGCAUGGUACGCAUUCCGGAUAUGGGGAAAACGUUUUUCGGCGGUUUUGGGACCGUUACAACCGCCGGUGGUAUGCUGAAUACGUUCGGUUCCGGCAGUGGCGGUAGUACCGUGCUUGGACACGGACUGGGAGGACCAAAGUUCAGUACAAUCCCAGCGCUGUCGCCCAACUUUUCGUCGUCGUCCAAUUCUACCACGUUCGUGGAGUUGCCAAAGCUGAGCUCAGAUACGGAUUCGAGUGGCAAGCGAGAGGAUGAUGAUGCGUGCUCUAUGGAGCGGUUGUCUUACUCGAAGCGUAAGGGAGGUAUCCCCAAGAAGCAUGACGAACUUACGCUGACGGAGACAAUUGUAGCAAAAAAGCCGAAGAGUCUGGUAGGAUAUAUCCUCGCGUCCAAAAACACACGGGACAGCAGCGUUAAGGACGCGGCACACCAGAAGACGGAGAAGCAGCACCACAAUCAUUGGAGCCAUGUAUUGCAUCAAAGCGGCGCAAACGGAGCUCCAGUUGGAUCUCUGGGUCUUACCAAACAACACCAUAUCAGUGAGUCCAAGUUCAAAAAAUCACCUAUUCAUUCGUCCAAGUUUGAAAGCACAACAAGUGACGAUACGAGCAAUCUUUCCGAUAGCUCACUGAAACCACAGGUGAAGAUACGCUCGCCCGCGGGUGGAGUGUUUGCUUUCGAGGACGAAAAUAGUAAACCCUCGGAUGCGGCCUUUUCGAUCUUUGGUGGUAAACCGUCGAUCUUCGACAAGGUAAAGACAAACGCCACGGUUGGCCAUCAGGUCGGUUCACUCAUCGGACUGAAGGUAUCGCCGGUAAAGGCGGCCGUCGUAACUCCGCUGAUGAAACCACAACAUCAUUUGGUGGGAAAUGGAACGCCCACCAAUGGAAAUUUGGUCGGUGGACCUAUAAUGAAGCGCAAGAAAUCUCGCAGCAAGGAUCGCAAACGACGCAGCUCGGAAAAGAAACGCAUUGAUCAACGAUGUCUGCUAACUAGUGAGCAUCUGGGUAGGGAUAAGACGCGUGUGCUGACCGCGAUGGGAGGGCUAUUUUACGCCGGAUGUUUGAGCGCGGUACAACCUCCAGACAUCUAUGCAGUGACUCUGGAUGGAGAGCGUGGAAAUCGGCCCCAUAUCAUGUCCCGGGAGGAAGUAUUGCGUGAUGCGAUACUGGAAGUGGCACCAAAAUCCGUAGAUGACAUCAUCCCCGGAACGCGUCUCUGUGCGUACUGGAGCCAACAGUAUCGUUGCCUGUAUCCAGGAGUUGCCGCCGAACCUGCCUCACCCGAUCCGGAGAAACGUUUCGUGAACGUGGAGUUUGACGAUGGAGAUAAUGGAAAGAUCGCCCUCGAAGACAUUCGCUUCCUGAUGAGCGACUACCCGAUAGUCGAAUACGAUCCCAAUCCUCUUUUAUCGCUAGGCAAGCGUAAGCGCCAGCCAAGCCAUUCCGAACCGUGUCCACAAAUCGGAACGCUCGGUCCGGCUUCGAUAGUACCGCUCGCGGUCACCAGCCAGCCGAUAGCCCAUCCGCAACCCGCAGCCACGCCACUCACCGCUACCGUCACACCGAUGAUCUCGUCACCGCUUGCGGGCGCUUCGACCAUCAACAGCUUCGCGCUGACAACGGAACGAGCCGAAAAGCGGCUACACGACGAAGCUUACCGGGAAGAGCGACGUCGGCUGAAGAAAAUUCGCAAAGACAAAUUGCGCCGAUUGGCAGCAAACAAUGCGGAACUGGCGGCAAACGGUGCCGGUGCUGCCGGAGUUCACAAGCACAAGAAAUCCAAGUCGAAAUGCUACGACGAGUUGUGCAAACAUCGUAAGCAUAAAAAGCGACGAAAGCAUAAGAAACACCACCGGGAAGCGGUAGCACCAUCGUCACCGGAAGGAACGGUAGCCGACGCCACCGGGUCGAUGGAUGACGACAUUUCGCAGGGCGAUAGUGCGUCACAGACGGCCGGACAGUUUAGUCCACGGUCCUCGGUACAGCAAGAGGGGGGCCCUACGUUCAGUCCGGCUGCAGAGAAGGAGGACAACCUUACGGAGGAAGAAGCGAGUUCUUCCGUUACGGAAAGCUCCGGAUCAUAUUAUCAACCCCUGAAGAAACCCUCGACCACGGAGCGGAAGCCUUCUACCGAUCAGCAGAAUGGGAGUAAAAUUGCUGCCUUCCUGCCGGCGCGUCAAUUGUGGGCAUGGUGUGGCAAGGGUUAUCGUCGUUCGGCGGGUCGUGUAAAGAAGCAGUUCUACAAAUCGAUCCAGCGCGGCAAGGAAACCAUUUCGGUUGGUGAUUCAGCCGUAUUUCUCUCGACGGGACGACCCGAUCGGCCCUACAUCGGACAUAUCGAAUCCAUGUGGGAAACGUCCACCAACAACAUGGUGGUACGUGUCAAGUGGUUUUACCAUCCUGAGGAAACGCAGGACUGUCCCAAUCUCAAAUAUCCGGGAGCUCUGUUUCAAUCACCACACGAAGACGAAAACGACGUCCAGACAAUAUCCCACAAGUGUGAAGUGUUGGAAUUGCGCGAAUACACCGCCAAGUUUGGCGCUGAUCCGAAGCAGUACACCGCGAUCUACGAUAAUAACGACACGUACUAUCUGGCCGGAUAUUACGAUCCGACGGUGAUGACAAUCAAAAUGCAACCAGAGAUCGAAAUUUUGCCUCCCAACGAAAGGUGGGUAACUACAAGCAGUAGUAGUACUUCAAUAACUCCGACUACUACGCCGAAUUCGACAGUCGCAGCUAGCACAAAAAAAAUCGCAACGUCCGGGGUAACAGCUAAGUCACUCACCGGUAGCACUAGCAGCAGCAGCAACGGUAACACCAAAGCAAGCAAUAACGUCGGUCACAGUGUCGUUUCUUCUGCUUGAACA